GAGCCGGGGGCGGGGGGCUGCUGGGUGGGCGCUGCGGACUCGCCGUCUGUGGCUGUGCCUGGGGCAGGAAGUGACUCUUCAGCGCCGUGGCCGGGGGAAUGUGACUCGCUUGGGAUCGGCCAGCCACUGAAAGCGGGAUCGGGGGUGCCGAGAAGCCGGCGCUGCUUCCCCUCCCUGCUCAGCCCUGCCUCCCGGCCGAACGCGGCUACAUCCGCUCAGCCCACGGGAAGAAAACUUGGUUGGAUUUAAAAUUCUCCUUGGGGUAGAAAGGAGCCCCGCUGGCGUGGGGUGAAGCUUCUCGAGACAGCCGCGAUCAAAGAAUGUUGGCUUUGAAAGCUCAGGGAAGAAGAGUAGGGGGAACAACAUAACACAGUGAGUCAUUCACGAUACAGGAAGACAGAAGGAGUAUGGAGCUGGAGCCAUCAGUCUUGCAAGGGGAAGUGGGGCAUGCUAUUAUGAAAAUGAAGCCUAGGAAGUGCCUGAAAAUGACAACAAAGCGGAACUUGUUUGUGCGGUUGGUGCCAUGCCGCUGUCUGCGUGGAGAAGAAGAAACUGUCACUGCACUUGAUUAUUCUCACUGCAGCCUGGAACAAGUGCCAAAAGAGAUAUUUACCUUUGAAAAGACCUUGGAAGAACUCUAUUUAGAUGCAAAUCAGAUUGAGGAGCUUCCGAAGCAACUUUUUAACUGUCAAUCCCUGCACAAGCUGAGUUUGCCAGACAAUGAUCUAACAACAUUGCCAGCAUCCAUUGCAAAUCUCAUUAAUCUCAGGGAACUGGAUGUCAGCAAGAAUGGCAUACAGGAGUUUCCAGAAAACAUCAAAAACUGUAAAGUUUUGGCAAUUGUUGAGGCCAGUGUAAAUCCAAUUUCAAAGCUUCCAGAUGGAUUUUCCCAACUGUUAAACCUAACACAGCUGUACCUGAAUGAUGCUUUCCUUGAGUUUUUGCCAGCCAAUUUUGGCAGGUAAGUUAAAUUUGAGUCUGAAAACCUAUAAUA